AUGGUCAGCGUAUCUUUGUUAUGCAAAAUAGCAUGCAUUGUGGCGUUCACAAAGGUGUUCGAAGCACAUCCAGUGACCUCUUCCUCGCAACAAAGUGAUAGCAGAGGUGACAUACUACAAAGUCAUGAUGAUGAAAGCACGACACAGGAUCACCCUUCCAUCGAGUGGAGAACGCUUACACCAAAGGCCAAUACCCAUCCUAUCAAUGAUAACUUUAUCAAGGUGCUAGCAGAUUCUACAUCCCCAAAACAUUCGAUGCGCUAUAAAACACCCGACAUUUGUGACCCAACCGUCAAGCAGAUUAGCGGUUACCUUGAUAUUGAAGACGACAAGCACUAUUUCUUUUGGUUCUUCGAAUCGCGUAACAAUCCUAAAGAAGAUCCUCUUAUUUUAUGGCUAAAUGGUGGACCUGGAUGCACAUCUUUGGAAGGUCUUUUUACUGAAUUGGGCCCUUGCUUUAUUAACAAAGAAGGUGAUGGCACUGUUUACAAUGAACACUCGUGGAACAACAAUGCAAGCAUCAUUUUCCUUGAUCAACCGACCAAUGUUGGGUACUCUUAUGGAAAGGAUGGCAAGCCUUAUUCAAGCGAAGCUGCCAAGGAUGUUUACGCUUUUCUUCAAUUGUUCUUUAAAGAGUUUCACGAUUAUGCAGCCCUCGAUUUUCAUGUCGCAGGUGAAUCAUAUGCUGGGCACUACAUACCUGCCAUCGGUGGCGAAAUUAACCGCAACAACAAAAAGAGCACCUCUGAUGACGAUAAAGAAGAUGGUUCACGGAGGAUGGCAAUCAAGCUCAAGUCACUUUUGGUUGGUAAUGGUCAGACGGAUCCACUCACACAGUACAAAUACUUUUCCAAGUACGCAUGUGAGAAUCCAUAUGGACCUGUGCUCAACCAAAGUAUAUGCAAUGACAUGGAUAACAAAUACCCUGGUUGCGCAGCUCUAAUUCAGAAGUGCUAUUCAUCCAAAGAUCCAUCAUCAUGUAAUGCUGCAACCGAUACAUGCAAUUCGGACAUGUGGGAUCCAUUCUUUAAGACCGGAAAAAAUCCAUAUGAUAUUCGAAAGGAUUGCGUAGACGACUCGUGCCUUGGACUUGACGCGGGCUUGGAAAAGUAUCUCAAUCGCAAGGAUGUCAUGUUGGCUGUCGGUGCUCAAGUAGACAAAGUGGUGAUGUGCAAUGAUGAUAUCAACCUUCGAUUUACGAGUACGGGUGAUUGGAUGCUUCCAUACGUCAAUGAAAUCCCGCAGCUAUUAGAGGAUGGUAUCCGCGUACUCAUUUAUGCAGGCGAUGCCGACUUUGUGUGCAACUACAUGGGGAACAAAGCAUGGGUCAUCAAGUUACCUUGGAGUGGGCACAAUGAAUUUGCAUCAGCAAAAGACACGGCUUGGUUCUCAAGUACUGCCAACGAGCAAGGCGGUGAGCUUCGUCGAACGAAAGAUGGUCGAUUGGCUUUCUUGCGUGUCUUUAAUGCCGGUCAUAUGGUACCCAAGGAUCAAGGUGGUUAUGCCCUUGACAUGGUAAAUAGUUGGCUACAUGAACAACUUGAAUAA